AUGCCGUUUAAAAAAGAUUUGCGGCUUUUAUUGAAGCCUUACUAUUUCAUGAACAUUUUACUCAGCCUUUCGUAUAUUGUCUCAAAGCGUGUACCAAUUGUGUGUAAUUAUGUAUUUGUGCAAGCUGAAUGUGAACUUGACGGGAGGGAAACAGAGAUUCUGUUUUUUCUCAUGAUAGUCAUAAUGAUAAGGACACGAAAAACUGGAAGUGUUACUAUGAUAAGCUAUUUAUCAUCCAGUUUUGUUUACACUAAAGUAGCAAACUUGAUUCUUUGGUUCUAUGCGGAUAUUCGCAUGGGAAUAAUAUUUGCAAUUAUAUUCAUUUUGUGUGGUCUACUAUUCCCAGAGCCAACAUAUCAGGGCCCAGAAAAAGUAACUUAUCUACGAGGUGCAAAUGGAUUACAGGAAGAAUUGCAUCGUGAUACAAGAGUUGUUUGGCUGGUUGCAUUCUACACAGCUUGGAACCCAGCUUGUGUUAAUUUUGCACCAAUAUUUUCUGAGCUUUCUGCAGAGUAUGCUUUGGGGAAUCUAAAGUUUGGAAAAGUGGACAUAGGAAGGUAUCCAGAUGCAGGGGUGAAGUAUCACAUCAGUGAUGCCAGCACCAGCAAACAGCUUCCUACUUUAAUUUUAUUUAAAGAAGGGAAAGAAUCUGAAAGACGUCCAUACGCGGAUCAUAAAGGCAAAUUGGUUAAAUUCCUUUUUUCAUUGGACAAUAUAAAAGCAGCAUUUGACCUGAACAAUGUCUACAAAGAUUGUAAAAAAAAUCCGAUCAAGAGGAAGGAAAAAAAAGCUGUGAAGGCCGAAUGACCUAAUCAAUGUUUCUAGACGUUUGGUGAAAUGUUUACGAAUGUAAUAGCACUGCCAAUAACUUUAACCGAAAAAAUUACUUCUGUGUAGAAUGGACGUUUAGUGUACCGGUGUAUCGCGCAAAUUUUUCAUUUAUAGUGAAGUCACGAAGGAUUGUAAAUACUUUCAUUAUACUUUCAAUCAUCACACGCAUUUUUAUGCAUCGCUGUGUUCUAUUAGUGAAUAUCGGAUGUUAAUGUAGGACAGGACAAUGAUAAUAUAUUAACAUACACACACAAAAAACAAGAAAGAAAACAGCUAUUAUUAAA